AUGGAUGCAAUAGUGUCAAGUUUUAAUGCUUUUGAAACUAAGGAAGCAGACCCAUUAAUUCUAACAUGGGCAGUGUUUCUUUGUCUCAUUUCAUCACUUCCAGGAAAAGAAGAAAACAAUGUUCUAAUGGAGAUUGAUCAUAUUAGCUAUGUUCGUCAAGCUUUUGAAGCUGCAUCUUUGAGAUUUUUUCAUGAGAUCCUCGAGAGUGACUUAUUAAAUGAGUCAGAUGGUCCUGUUGCUGGUUAUCGAAGUGUAUUGAGAACUUUUAUUUCUGCAUUUAUUGCAUCUUAUGAGAUCAAUAUUCAAGUAAUUAGAUUAAGUAUCUUGAAUGACCUCAAGUUGUUUAUUUUAUUUAUAUUAAUAUUUUCUAUUUUGUCUAUGUUGCAGCUAGAAGACAGUACCCUUAAUUUGAUAUUGGAUAUUCUUUGCAAAGUUUAUUUGGGAGAGGUUUGGCUGCAUAAUGAUUGUCUUUCAGGGAAUCACUUUGGAGUCAGUUUUGGGACGGAGAAAUUUUUGUUGAUGGUCCUAUUCGGUGUCUUCUUUGAGGACUGUGGAACUUAUUCGCCUUUUAUCAUCCCUAUCUGA